AUGCGAGCGAGCUCAAUAAACAAGGAGAGGUUGAAUUCUACGAGCGAACUCAACAAUUGGGAGUGGUCGAGCUCUACGAGCGAGCUCAAUGAACAGGGGAGAUUGAGCUCUGCGGGCGAGCUCAAUAAACAGAUGAAGUUGAGCUCUACUGGAAAGCUCAACAAACAGGCGGGGUUGAGCUCUACGGGCGAGCUCAAUAAGGAGGCAAAGUUGAGCUCUACGAGAAAGCUCAACAAACAGGAGAACCUGAGCUCCAUGGGCGAGCUCAUCAGGGAGGUGAUUGGGCUCUAUGGGCGAGCUCAACAAAUAGGUGAGGUUAAGCUCUACGGGAAAGCUCAAUAA